CGCGGCCCGGGGCGGGGCUUCUUGUCAGCGCUCCCCAGUAGGCGGUGGACGACUUCCGGCAAUAAACCUCCGCUCGGCCGUCAGGUGGGGACCGAGGGCGUCUGCGCUCCAGGUGGGGACGGCGAUCCCCCCUCCCCCCAGCCCGCCGCGCCAGGGGAACUAUGCCAUUUUUGGGUCAGGACUGGAGAUCUCCUGGAUGGAGCUGGAUUAAAACAGAAGAUGGAUGGAAGAGAUGUGAAUCCUGGAGUCGGGAACUUGAGAGAGAGAAUAACCAGCGCAACCUGAGUCACAGCAUUAUCUUAAAUAGUGACGAUGAAGAAAUAUUCAGUAAUGAAGAGCAGGAAUACACAUCCAAAAAGAGGAAAAAGGAUCAUUUUAGAAACGAUACAAAUACUCAAUGUUUUUAUCGUGAGAAAUGGAUCUAUGUCCAUAAAGAAAGCACGAGAGAACUGUUCUGUGUCUGUUUCCAGAGGCACGGCUAUUGUACUUUGGGAGAGGCUUUUAAUCGCUUAGACUUCUCCAGUGCAAUUCAGGAUAUUCGGAGGUUCAAUUACGUGGUCAAGCUCCUGCAGCUUAUCGCGAAAUCCCAGCUGACCUCGCUGAGUGGCGUCGCCCAGAAGAAUUACUUCAACAUUUUGGACAAAAUCGUCCAGAAGGUGCUCGACGACCACCAGAACCCCCGCCUCAUCAAAGAUCUUCUCCAGGACCUGAGCUCCACCCUGUGCAUCCUUGUCCGCGGGGUCGGGAAGUCCGUGCUGGUGGGGAACAGCAACAUCUGGGUGUGCCGUCUGGAGACCGUUCUUGCCUGGCAGCAGCAGCUGCAGAACCUUCAGAUGACUAAGCAGGUGAACGACGGCCUCACCCUCAGCGACCUCCCCCUGCACAUGCUCAACAACAUCCUGUACAGAUUCUCCGAUGGCUGGGACAUCGUGACGCUGGGCCAGGUGACCCCGACCCUGUCUGCGCUCAGUGAGGACCGGCAGCUGUGGAAGCGGCUGUGUCAGUACCACUUCGCGGAGAAGCAGUUUUGUAGACACCUGAUCGUUUCGGAGAAGGGCCACGUGGAGUGGAAGCUCAUGUACUUCGUGCUGGAGAAGCACUACCCAACCCGGGAGCAGUACGGGGACACCCUGCACUUCUGCCGGCACUGCAGCAUCCUCUUCUGGAAGGACUGCCGCCUUGCUUUGUUGUUCAAGGACUCGGGGCACCCCUGCACGGCCGCCGACCCCGACAGCUGCUUCAUGCCUGUGUCUCCACAGCACUUCAUCGACCUGUUCCGGUUCUGAAGGUGCCAUCGCUGCGGGAGGGGCGUCAACACCGGGUGGCACCCACACCAGGCAGCAGCCAGCGGUGAGGAUAGGGACAUGAGGACGAGGACGACGUGGAGAACGCUCCCCCGUGUGGCCAGGGCUGUGGGGCUGGUUUCAGUUACAAAGGGGGUCAGGGAACCCAAGCAAAAGCAUUUCUACUCUCUCCUCUAGAAAGUCCUUUUCAUCCAAGUCUACUAAAAUUGGCAACUUUGCAGAUUUAUAAGUACGGUUCAGUCAGAUUCUGGAUUUUUAGCACCACACUGUGUGCUGAGCUGACACUAACAGCUAAUGCUGUUCUUCCUAACUGUCCAAUGAUAGUUUCCUGAUUUCGUAGUCAUGAGAGGCAGGGGACAGAGUAAGUGAGCCUUGUAGAUACCGGGUGCAGGGUAUUUAUUUUUCUUCGUGUGUGUUAACUGCACGGGCUGUGUCCAAGUGAACCCUCUGCGCAUUGAACCUUGGGAGACGUGUGGUGUCUCUGUGUUCGGUGGUCAGGCUGUGAACUCUGCACAGCUUCGUGGCCGGCAGAGGCGGUGGUGGGGUGCUCCUGGUGAACCACGGGGCAGCAGCCGGCCACGGAGCAUGCGCCACGGCAAGGAGGAGGAGGGACGGCCCUCGGCCUCGACUGCCCUGUACUGGAGCUCCUUUUACAGACAGAGUAAUAAAUCUUGUCUGUCUACCGAUGGAGCUUCUGUUUUGCAUCUUUCUGGAAAAGUGUGAAUGAUUUUGAUAUCAUUUAUUUAAACUUUUAAAAAAGAUUGCCUUAUUUUUAAAAUAAUGCACGUCUAUUUUAGAUAAUUUUGAAAAUAAAGGUGUUAAAAAAGAAUAAAAAAAAUCCCCCAUAAUCCUGCCCCUGGAGGGGCCUGCGGUCUCUUGCUAGAAAGGAUGUUGCCACCCCCUCCCGCUGUUGGAGAGAAACACAUCGUGGAUUCCGGUCUUUUAGUAGUGUCAGGGACCACCUGCCCACCCCCCCGCGGAAUCAUUUCUACUUUGUCCUUUAGUGUUUGUUUCUGCCAAGUGUAUUGGAAUGGUUUGCAGUUUUGCAUACCUGUAAGUAAAGAUUCUGCACCUUC